GGCAGCAGAGGAUGCACUGCAGAGGUGAGUGUUUCAUCACUUAGGAAAAUGCUGAUGAGCAGCUGUGGAUUUCUGAAACUUUUUAUCCCAACACUAACUUCAUUUUGAAAAAUCAAGGAGAAGGAGAGCAGCUUGAGCAACACUUAUUUAUUAGUCUGAGAUAUUAAGAUGAGUGCAGACACGGUGGAGCAGUCGGACGGUCAAGCUGAUCAGGCAGAGCACAACGGGAUCGACUUCAAUCGACAGAUUAAGACCGAGGACAUCAACGAUCUACAUCAUUCAGCCGCCACGCUGAAGACAUGUCCCCUCACACAGAGCUCUCCGAUGCCGGGAGGUCAGCUAACAGGGGAGCUCACCUCUCUCCACACCAUGCAGCAGCUGGUUCUGAUGUCACCGUCCCACCUGUCGUCCUCCUCCCCCUUCCUGCUGUCCCAGAGCCCCACCAGCCACCAAGCCCUUCUGCAGCAGAACCUGUUGUCACUCCAGGGUCAGGGUCAAACCAGUCUCCUCCAGCACCAGCCUGGACUGGCUCUGACUCCACAGGUUAUGAGUCGCUCUGGUCUGGCAGGACCGUCUAUGGAGAACCACAUGGACAUGUCCCACCUGCAGAUGCCCAAACACAUGUCAGUCCCACCGCAGGAUGAACCCAGUGAUCUGGAAGAACUGGAGCAGUUUGCAAAAGCGUUCAAGCAGAGACGCAUCAAGCUGGGCUUCACUCAGGGAGAUGUGGGCCUUGCUAUGGGAAAACUGUACGGGAAUGACUUCAGCCAGACUACAAUUUCUCGCUUCGAGGCUCUCAACCUCAGCUUCAAAAACAUGUGCAAGCUCAAACCUCUGCUGGAAAAAUGGCUGAGCGACGCAGAGAACUCACCUUCAGACUCGAUGAGCAACACCAACUCUCUGCCUCCCCUGAUCGAGGGCUACGGGCGCAAACGGAAAAAGAGGACAAGCAUUGAAACAAACAUCAAGAUGACUUUGGAGAAACGUUUCCUUGAUAACCCCAAGCCCAACUCGGAGGAGAUCACCCUGAUCUCAGAGCAGCUGUCCAUGGAGAAGGAGGUGGUCCGGGUUUGGUUCUGUAAUCGGCGUCAGAAGGAGAAGAGGAUCUACUGCCCCGUGUCCAGUUUAUCGGUGAAGUCACACAGCUAUAACUCCAGAAUGGCGUCAGCUUCAAGAUCCUACAGUCCUCUGGCUUCAGGUGGAGUUUCAUCAAAUUCAUCUCCAAAUAGUGUAAGCCGUGAAGCGUCUCCUAACAGCCUGUCUGCAGCCUCAGUGUCAUUAGCGUCUCACGUCAACCCAGCCUCCUACAGCACAUCGGGGUCCUGGUACCGGGCAUGGAAUCCGGCCACCUACCAUCACUGAGACGCUUGAACUGUAUCAUAUCAAGCCUUUGAAGCUUUUUUUUUGUGUUUGUUUGAGAAGGAUGCCCACUUACACCCAAGAUGUGACGGAGUAACACGACGUUCCCUGUUAUGAACAGGGUCACCACCUACACGCUUUAAACCUUAAAGGGACGUAAAAACACAUAACAGCAGCACAAGCAGACGACUGCGACACACUGCUGUAAACACAGACGCUCAUACACGAGACCAAACGGCCUCGAACUGUUUGAUUUGUGCUCAUGUGACUCUUUACACAAAACAUGAAGAACAGACAGAAAAACACACACAUGACAGAUAUUAUUCACACUGAUGGGAAUGUUAAAGCAUGUUUACGUUUUUUGUUUUUUUUCUUCAAAGUUGAGGUUGAAAUAACCUGUUUGAAUGUUGAAGGAGUUAGGUUUAGAUUCACUCAUUUGUGUGCCAAGCUGUUCUUAACGCCACGUUUAUGCUGCACUACAAUGAAACAGUUAUUAUAUAUUUGUAUGCUCAUGUUAUGGCUUAUGUGGUGUGUAGUGAAUUUGAUGCAACCCUUAGUUGUGUACUGCUAGCCUGCCUAAAUAAAUAAGCAGUCGAAACAAUAAAUCUUUAAUCUGAACAUUCAUGACUGGUGCAAAAAGUACCUUAAAACUAACCUUUUAUAAGUUAAAAGAAAAGCUUCUGAUUUGCUUAUUUUAUCUUCAAAAAGCAUGAAUCUGUUUUAUUAAAACUCUGGUUUAGUUAAUAUUAUUAUCAGAUUUUAUGCAAGACAAACAAACGUUGUCUUACCAUAUUGAGAUCUGGGAACAUGGACACAACAAUGAGACGGGGCGAGAAACAGGCUGUUCAAACUGUUUUGUAUUUGUGUGUUUUCUUUAUAAUUAUUUCACAUAAAUGUUACUUAGCAUUUAAAUAUUCACAAACCUGAUGACUCAAAUGAGAUUUUGUUUUGUAGUGUUUGUCAAGAGUAAUAAAGAAUGUUUUUUAAAGCUCCUGUGAGCAACUUUUGGGAUGUGUGGAUUCUGGCGCCCCCUGUGGACAAAAGGGGUAAUGAUUUAUGUCGGGUACAUGCGCAAGUAAAGUUUUACUUCCAAAGAAUCUCAACCUGAUUGAUUUUAAAUGUCUAAAUGUGCAAAUCAAUAUGAAUUCUUGGCAUGGGAUUUUUUUUGUUUUAAUCGCCUUGUUACACGUCUACAGGUGUAAAAACAUUUAUAACUUUGUAGAAUCAUCAGUCAUUUUCACCUCCUCAAAGGAGCUUUAAGUUAAAAUUGUCAAAUUAGUCCAAUGUUUAUACGUAGCAUUCUACUUUUUCUGAUGCUUUCGAGAAUUCUAGUUUGGAGCUCCCACUUUACUUUCAAUGACCAUCAUUAGAGUAUAAACUUAACUGCUGUUCUGAAAGGAGAAACAGAAAGAUGGAAACCCUGCUGUCAUACACUUCUCCCGUCAACACAACACUGCAAUGUAAUAACAAUGUUUCUCUAAGAAUAUCUGGGUUUUUGUACAAAUUUAGUGUCUUGAUUUGAUGAAUUGUAAAGAUGUGGAUUAAAACGCUUAUUUUCAGGGAGACUCUGGUCUUAGGAAAGAAUCAAGUGUCACAGCAUUAUGCAUCCUAAAAAUGAAAAAACUUGUUGAGUGAAUAGUGGAAGAAGAGAAUAGAGAAAGGUGUUAUGUCCACUUUGCAACAUUUGAGACUGCAGUGACAGUAAAAAAUAACAGAAUAUCUCCUUUCCCUCUCCUGUGAUUGUGAAAAGAUGAGAGCAAAUGUCGACCUCUACUGGUCCCAACCAGAGCUGAUGAUGGAAACUAUCUUUUGUUCACUUUCUCAUGAUGGUUCCUGAUAAAGAUUAGAUGUCAGAAUACUCUUUAAGUUUGUUUGUUAUUGGACCUUUUAUUUAAAUCUGUGUUUUUUGGAUCCAUUGUAUAUUUUAUGUAAUUUCAGACAUGUUUGCAGUGGUACCAAAGUCUUUCGUUCUAAGGUGUUAAAGCAAGUACUUCUUAAGGUUAAUGACUUUUUACUGAUGUAAUUAAAGCUGAAGGUGACUUCAUCCUCUAA